AUGGAACGAACUGUAGACAACGGAAGAGCCUUCAAGGCCAAGUUCCGGCAGCGCAUACGAAGUAAUGGCGUCAAACCCUCGACGCCGCAGGAACAUCCGCGGCCUCCCUUACCCAAGGCCCAGCAAUAUAACUAUCUCUACGGCAGAGACCAAAAAGCAAAUAUUCUCAACGUCAUUUCCGUUAUCAGCGAAGAAAUCCCACCGAAUAAGAGGAUUUCAGUCUAUCCAAGAAUCGGAUUGGACGAUGCUCCAGUUAUUGGCCGCGGGGCCACAUUCGAGGUCUUGACAAAGAACUGGCAGAAGAAUGGAGAAUUAAAGCGUGUCGCUGUCAAACGCAUAAGACGAGAUCAUAUCCCCUGCAGAAACCCAGGCCUUCCAUUACAGGAUGAUUACGUAUACCUGAAAGAGCGGGAUGUCUUCUAUUCAAAAGUUGAGGACAUUUUGCAAGAGCUUAGGAUCAUGGCAAAUGAAGACUUGGCGUGGGACUCGAUCGACGACACUCUGUUUGCUCCCAUCAUGAUCGUCGAGCUUGCUAGUUUAGAAACACCCACGAUUCAACAUUAUUUUCAAGCAAGAGAGAAAACGCAGCCCCUUUGUGUUUCAACCGUCCGCUCCUUCAUUGCCGAUGUCGCUGAUGGAUUAACCGCUCUUCAUUUCUCCAACGUGCUACAUUCUGAUCUCAAACCGUCCAAUAUAUUGCUGUUUCAUUAUCAAUCGUCAGAGGCUCUGGUUGCUAAGAUCAGCGAUUUUGGGUACGCGGAUUCUGAUCGGAUGAUAAGAAAAGAAGACAGCGAAGUAAGAGGAGGGACUAGGGAAUGGGCUGCACCUGAAUUGCUAUCAGGGUGCCCUCAGUCCAUCCGUACGCUGGCACGAGUCGCUCCUACAGUCAGCGAUGUUUUCUCAUUUGGUCUUCUAGCCUUCUACAUGGGGACGGGAGGCGUUAGCCCAGCGAAGAUUGGAGGCUGGACAAUGGACCAACUUGACGAGAUCAAGUUCAAUGGGGAUACCUUCAGGGAGCUACAAAAGCAUUCAGCUGUAAAUAUAUCCGACCUUGGCAAUUCUCUCUUCAAUGAAGAGCCCUUGGUCUCUGCAGUACGAGACAGUCUGAGGUUGGAACCGACACAGAGGCUGGCAACUCUUGGAGGGAUGAGAUCUGUGUUGUUCGGAAGUGAUCAGUAUAAAAAGGAGAAGAUGGAGCAUAGGUUCCGAGCGCGUCCGUUUGUUAGUUUCGUAUCUCGCUCGCUGCCUCUCAGCAGUAUCGUCCACCCGAAUCUCUCUCUCAAUAAAAUUGCGCUAGAUAGCUUACCUAAAAAGCUCCGAAUCCAAGCCGAAAAGUUGGUUGGCAGCGAAACUGGGCUCUUUGAGCCAAUGGCUCACAGUCUCCGCCGAGGCCAGUUCUUCCCUAAGACCUACAAGACCCAGGAAGACACGACACAGCCAGAACGAGUUGGGCGUCUCUCAAUCGAUCAGAUACAAUAUUUCCCCUCGCUCGCUGGUGAAAUCUUUGCCAUUGGGAAGGUAGCAUUAGGCCAAACCUUCACAGCUGAAUCGGCAGUCGCCGACCUAUUGCAGACGGAAUGUAUAGAAAGGCCAAGAAUAUUCACUUUGAUUGAUGGCAAUAAUAUCAGUGCUGUCCAGCAAGAGCUUCUUCUCGACUCAUCCCAAGCCAUGAUACAACUACCGAUGGAGUCUGGAGGUUGGUAUCCUCUUCAUCUAGCAGCAGAAUUAGGCAGAGUUGAGAUUGUGAAACUCCUGCUGAAUACGGAGGGAGUUGGGUGUGACGUCCGUUCUGGGCAAUGCCAACUGACCCCACUGCACCUAGCAGUCAACUCCGAAGAACCAGCAGUUGUUCAGCUUCUUUUAGAUUCUGGCGCUCAGAUUGAUGCCAGAUAUUACAUUCCGAAUUCGGGGUACAUAAGAGAUAUGACACCGCUAGACCUUGCAGUCGAAGCCUACGAUGAAUCAAGGGGUGGUAUAAAGCAGCGUAUGAAAAUCAUUAGACUCCUUCUACAUCGCGGGGCCGACUACUUGCACAACAAUGCCGGCAGAGGUUUCUCGGUUGUAUUCAGGGCAGCUCUAAAAAGCCUGGAUUUGCUGAAAGUCUUUUUCGAUUCCAUCCCCCCAGAGGAAGCGAGGCUGUUGGUGACAAUUAUUGAUGAUCUGGGGAGUACACUUCUGUCUUCUGCUGCUGGUGCGAGGCAGGUAGAGACUGUCAAAUACCUCCUGUCAAAAGGAGCCGAUCCAGGUGCACGUGAUCGCCUUGGGAGGACCAUCUUUGUCCGGCUCGAAGGAGAUCGGGUUUUCAAGGGCUCGGCCCUCGGAAUCGUGGAUCAAGCAAUGCCUUACCUUAGUGGGAAUACUCCCCGCCAAUGGGACAAAGGGACCGACGAGAUUAUUGACCUUAUAAAGGCAACGGGAAGUCUAGAGGCUACAGCUUACGAUGAUUUCUGCUUUUCGUCGACAGAAAUACAUGAAAUGUUUGGGAGAGCCCGCCUUCGAUCCUCCAAAUCCUUCGCAUCCAAGCUCCUGGAUGCCCUCAAAUCACCAUCAUUCGGUCGAAGGCUUCAUCAUUCGAUGAUUAUCUUUAGAGAGAUAAGUUCGCAGGUUCACAAGUUUGAAUCCUUAGAUCUUGAAGCCGAGGCACUUCAGUUGAAAAAGCAGUUAUUGGAGUGGCAGCAAAAUCGCCAAACAGGCCGCAUUCCAAUGGAUGUGUUGCCUGAAGAAUGGCGAAGAGGUUUGAGAUAUUUCGGGAACAUUUCUCCCGGAAUCUGGGAAGAAUUAUUUAUAAAGGACGAAUUACCCCAGUUGGUAGAGCUCCUGAAUCUCACGUUGGUCUCAUUGCUUGAUGCAUUCUUUCGCCACAAUGGAUUUCAAGUAAUCUACCAGUUUGUGAAUUUCCUAGAAGAGGUUGACAAAAGAGGGCUUCUGACUGAGUUCUUCAAUGCCAUAUACACUUUAUGCAGGUCUCUCCUUGCCUUGCGAAAGCAUGACCCGAGAUCCAUGUUGCGUAAAGGCCUCCUUGGGAUGCACGUGAGGGAUGUUUGGAAAAUUCUCAAGACCGGGGAAAUUCUGGAUCGUCUUUUCAAUUUGCUGGUCGUCACUGGGAUGAAAGAAACAGUUGAUCAAACUAUCAACCAUCUUCCCGUUGUUUUUGAAGCCAGAGCGGUGGCACCUCUGGCAUCAACAAUUCAGACACUUCGGCUUGCAGAGCGAUAUCCUGGGUCUCAGAUGUUCGUCACGGGGACAAGUUUGAACAUUCCGCCUUUUAGGAUACUCAUCGCCCUCUUGCAGAUUGUCAUUUUCACGUUACCCGCAAUAGCAUACACGUCACAAUGGCUCCUCGUCUUUUGGCAACACUCAAGCAUGAACAUAUUUUUACUAUUGGCCAUCUGGAGGACUAGAAGACCCAGCGACUGGGUGUUGUUUGAUAAUUUUCAAAUUCAUCCAAACGUAGGUCGCGGCAUCAGAGCUGUGCUCGCUCUUAUCAUCUUUAGAUUGAGACAUCCCUGGGUCUUAGAGGAGCCCUUGAUCAUAUCAGUUCCACACCAGUCAGGGGAGCGAGUAGAUAUCGCGUCGGCAAUGCAUUACAUUCCUGCAGGUCGAUCGAACGUUUUCUACUUCCUUUCGAUAUCAAACUGUCCAAAGCUUGAGUCGAUCCCGUGUUACACAGCCAUGGGAGAACUCAUGGAUGGCUGGAAAAAUGGAACACUUCCAAGAAAAGGCUGGUGCAACGGUUGGUGGGAGUUGAAUCAAUUCGACGAAUGGGUGAGAAUCAAUGCCGCCGGUAAGCCAAGCCUGAGCAGUUAUAGCGAGGCAUCAAAGCAUAUCAAGGAGAUUCUCUCACGUAAACAACGUGAUGAAGUGUAUGAGAGCUUCCUACGUGAGAGAGACUAUUGGUUAGAUACCCCUGCCGAACAAUUGAGCAAAAUGAAACAGGUUUUCGGUGAGGAAAACGACGAUUGCUUUCAGAUUUGGGCGAGAUUAUACCUUCGAGAACCAAUUCCUCGAUUGUCAUAUUCGUACCUUUCUUUGCCUGCCUUGCACAAUUUUCUUCAAUCUGUGGCAGACUACAGCUGGAUGUAA